UUUAAUAUACCUUCUUAAAUGCAUUAUAGGUACAAAAUACUACGGUCGGCUACCAUUUAACCAACAUAUUGUUAUGACAUAUUUUACUACAUCUUAACUUACAAGUAUUCAUAUACAAACACGUGCGACGCGAAAUUCAACCAAACAUGACGAAGUGCUAUCAAAUGUUUUUUUGGUGAUGAUUUUACGGCUGUGUUUCAUAACCAGGUCAGACACACGGAUUAAACACAUUAAGGAAACAUGGAUUCCAGCAAGUGGAUAUGUCUAGCAUUAGCAUGUAUGGUAUCAGGAAUGCUGUUCAGUCUUACAUUUUCUUUUGGUGCUGUAUUUGUUGAAAUGAUGAAUACGUAUCAGGCAGACAGAUCAACAGCCGCUACCGUACAAUCAUUGCUAAUAGGAGUUAGCCUAAGUUUCGGAGUUAUAAGUGGAGUUCUUAUCAAUAAAUUUGGUUUAUCAAAGACGACAUUUGUUUCGAGUUUGCUCGUUCCACUUGGAUUUGCAAUGUCAUAUUUUGUAACAGAUAUCUACCACCUUUACAUCACUAUCGGCGUUAUAGCAGGUAUUGGGAUAUCGUUGUCUCAUGUCAGUGCUGUAAUUUCUGUCAGCCGAAUAUUUGCCGACAACGAGAAACAACGUGUUAUUUGUGCUACAAUUCAUUCCACAUGGGGAUCAAUCGCCGGAAUUAUUUACCCUUACUUUUUGAAAUGGUUAGUUAAAUCGUACGGACUAAGCGGGACAUUCCUCAUAUUAGGUGGUGUCUAUUGUAAUACGUUCUGUUUUUUUGUUUUUCUAUGGCAGCAACAUAGAUCAGGAACGUUAAGUGAUAGAUCACAAAAGCGAAGAAAAGCCGAAAAUGCAUCUCAGGUAUCCAGUUUGUAUAUGGAAGCUCGUAGUAUAUUUGAAACAUUAAAGCUGUUAAUUUCGAUUCCAUUUUUAUGUUUGAUAAUUGGAAAUGGACUAACUCUUGCAAGUUUGAACGGAUAUUUAGAACACGCGUUUGAUAUUGCUGAAUGGAAAGGAUACCGUGAAUCGGAAACCAAGGAACUGUUCGUCAUUUUGAAUUGUUUAAAUGUGCUAGCUACAAUAACACCAGGUCUUGUUAAAUGUAGGUUUGAUGUUCAUCCCUUUAUUUUUCUAAUACUGUCAUCUCUUGCUGGGUGUGUUGGACACAUGUUGAUAUAUGCUUCGACAAACUAUCUAACGUAUGCAGUUGCAUCUGGUUGUGUUGGCCUUGUUUCUGGAGGAAUAUUUUCUGGGUCCAUUAUUUUCAUUAUGGAAACAAUGCAAAAGGAACAAGUCAGUGUUGCUAUUGGAUCAAUGUUAACUGUUAACGGACUUUUAUCUGCAGGUUCAGGACAGUUAUUUGGUAGAGGUUGUCCACUGCCAAAGAAAGGAGACUCGGGACUAUGCUCAAAUUACAGGGGGAUCACACUACUGUCCGUCCCAGCAAAGAUCUUCAACAGAGUAAUUUUGGAGCAACUGAAAGGGCCAGUUGACAAAAAACUGCGAGACCAGCAGGCAGGUUUCAGAAAGGACCGAUCAUGUACAGACCAGAUAGCAACACUUCGCAUCAUUAUAGAGCAGUCCAUAGAAUGGAACUCUCCACUCUACAUAAAUUUUGUGGAUUAUGAGAAAGCUAUCGACAGUCUGGACAGAGAGAUGUUAUGGAAACUGCUUAGACAUUACGGAGUGCCUCAAAAAGUUUGUAAAAACUGA